AUGGCUGGCCGCUUCGUACGCUCUUCCAAAUACCGGCACGUGUUUGGCCGUCCUACACGCAAGGAACAAUGCUACGAUAACCUGAGAGUCUCUCGGAAUGCCUGGGACACCAACUUGGUCAAGGCCAAUCCAGAAUACAUCGCGGUCAAUUGGGAAGCAACUGGCGGAGGAGCCUUUGCAGUGAUCCCCACAGGCGAAAAGGGCCGACUCCCUGAACGAAUACCCCUUUUCCGAGGGCACACCGCGGUUGUCCUGGACACAGAUUGGAAUCCUUUCAAUGACUCUUUGAUUGCAUCUGGAUCAGAUGAUGGGAAGGUCUUCCUCUGGAGAGUACCGGACAAUUUCACACUUCACUUGGACAUCCCGGCCGAUGAGAUACAAGAUAUCGCACCAGUAGGGAAGCUCAGCGGACACCCUAAGAAAGUCGGACAGGUCCUGUUCAACCCAGCUGCGGAAAAUGUCCUCGCCUCCGCAGCGGGUGACUUCACAGUCAAGAUCUGGGAUAUCGAAGCCGGAUCUUCCAAGCUCGGCCUCAAGGUCGGCGAAGUCAUCCAAUCGUUAUCUUGGAGCGCAGAUGGAAAGCUGUUAGUCACAACGUCUCGUGAUAAGAAACUAAGAAUCUGGGACCCAAGACAAGAAAAGCCUGUUCAUGAAGGUCCUGGCCAUGCUGGUGCAAAAGCCAGCCGAGCCGUAUGGCUCGGCGAGCACGACAGAAUUGCCACUACAGGCUUUUCUAGAAUGAGUGACCGUCAACUUGCACUUUGGGACAUUCGAACUGCUGCUCAACCUGUUGGAGGCUUUCAAAUGCUUGAUUCGAUAUCUGGCGUCUGUAUCCCAUUCUGGGACGAAGGCACUCAGUGUCUGUUCCUUGCAGGAAAAGGCGAUGGUAACAUUCGCUACUACGAAUACGAGAACGAUUCCUUUGAGGAUCUAUCUGAAUACAAGUCGGCCGAUGCGCAGAGAGGAGUUGCUUUCUUACCCAAACGAGGAGUAAACUUGCAUGAGAAUGAGGUUGCUCGUGCAUACAAGACAGUCAACGACACCUACAUUGAGCCUAUCUCAUUUAUUGUGCCAAGAAGAGCGGAAUCUUUCCAGGAGGAUAUCUACCCUCCGACAACCGGCCUAAAGCCAGCUGUCAGCGGCAAGGAAUGGUUCGACGGUGCUGAUGGCAUUCCUCCAAAGAUCUCCCUCGAGAGCCUCUAUGAUGGUAUCGGGUUGAAAGAGGUUCCUGCAGACCAGCAACCUGUGAAGAAGGCCCCUGAGCCGGUCAAAGCCCCUGAGCCAAAGAAGGAAAUCCCUCAACCAGCACCUGCCCCAAGUCCAACAGUCCGCUCACCACCACCCUCCAUGAAGGAACAAGGAGUGGGUAUGGCAGCUGCUGCGGGCAAAUUCCAAGACUCGGAGCCAGCAGAAGAGAGCGGUGAUGAAUCGCCGUUCGAAGAGGUCCAGAAGCCACUAGAAAGAAUGUCCGCGGCUAAACCAGCGUCCGCAGAAGCGAAGAAAGAUGAAGCACCUCCCUCACCGAUUAAGGCAUCGCAGCCGACUGAGGCUGCGCAGCCAAAACCGGUUUCUCCAAAGGUGUCCGAACCAUCCCAGGCUUUGGAAGAAGAUGUUGAAGAUGAAACGCCUGCUCCGACUGGUGGAUCUCAAGAGUCGGUGGAUCGAGAGAUCAAAAAUCUAAAGACUUUGGUUGCUCAGCAAUCCAGACAGUUACGAGACCUGACUAAGACUCUGACCGAGCUCGUAGCAGAAGUAAAGUCUCUCAAAACAGCAUAG